AUGAGCGACGCAAGUUCGGAAGCUACCACGUCGUGCGCGGAAGAAACCGCCGUGUCGCUUUCGGGUGACCCCGAAAUCGACGAACGAUUCGGGAGGAUCUUGCGGCUUGGGGAGACCACCCCGGCAGCACCAAGCAACAGCGAAGAAAAGGUGAUGGUCUGCUUCGGCCGGGAACCAUAUUACAUUCCCGCCCGAGUUCUCACCGCCGCAAAGAAAUACCACGUUAGGGUCCCCGGAGGACAGUAUGUCCUCCGGUGGGGACCAGAGGGCCGCCUCCGGUCCUGCAACUUCAAGGCGGACAAAACCGAGGAGACGGCCCCGCCGCCGACCCCAGCCACGGCAGCGUCGACCAGACCGCCCCCGCCAGGGACGUCCGCAACCCCCAUGGCCGCCCCCGCCGACCAGGCCAAGCGGCCGAGGAAGAAGAGGAAGAGGCCAGCAAGGGCAGCCCCUGCAAACACGGGCCCUCCACCAGCGGCCCUUCCACCAGCGGCACGUCCUCCAGCGGCCGGCCGCAGCAGGGGCCCACCGCCGCCAAAAAACGGAAGCGAGGGUGGCAGCCUUUCGGUGGUCUGGCCUUCACAAAAGCGAUGGCCGACCAAACGUUGA